GUGAGAAGGAAUAGGUUCCGUUCUUAUGAAGCCGCCAUCGGUAGCGAUGGAAUCCGAUGUCGUGGCAAAGGGCCUCGCUCCUUCACUCUCCGACAAAUGUGGAAAAUACGCAGUACGACUACGAGGGUACAGCAGCAGCUUUCAGGGAAGAUUCACCCGCCAAACGUGAGCAGAUGUGGAUAGUGCAGCGAAGCCCGAAGUCCACCCGUCGAUUUCAGAGUGCGCUGCUGCGCCGGUUGCCCUCCAUCAUCCAUGGAUGAUGCGGCACGGCGGUCUCAUCCGCCUGAAGAAGGCGACAAGAACAAUCCCUGACCACUCGAGAAGUGAGGAAGGACUUCUGAAGAAGUGAGGAAGGACUUCUGCAGACACAGAGAGAGAGAGAGAGAGAGAGAGAGAGAGAGAGAGAGAGAGAGAGAGAUGGAGGUGAAGAAGGAUGACGAGGAUAGAGGAGCAAUGCGAAUGGUGACGAAAGAAGCGCAGUCGGCAAUUGCGGGCAAGAGCAGGGCUGUUGAGGAGGGCGGAAAUACUCUUGCUCGUGGCUAUGGACAGGCCAUCAAGGCCACGUUGAAUCGUGUGGGUAAACCGGGGUGGUCUUUGAUUGUGAUCUCUGGAUUGUGCAUGAUUCUGACGGUCUUUGUUCUGCCUCGGAGUCGUUUCUGGACCGUCGAUUUCUUUGCAAGUUUGCAAGGCGGAUCGCUGACCACAGCGAAUUGGACGACACCAGAAAAGUUACCUUUCUGGGAAAGUUUUUCGUGCAAUUACACUAAUCUCCACGCCGCUUUUGCUAAUUCUACUAUUUCUGAUUGCCACCGUAAUUACAUGCAAGGGCGAUGGGUGCUGGAUCUCGAGAGGCCGAGCCCAUACCCGUUUUGUCCAGUUCUCGAUAAGCAUAAUUGCACUCAAGCCGGAAGGCAGAAUGACACCUAUCAGCACUGGCGAUGGCAGGCGUCCACGUGUCACAUUCCCGAGUUCAGCGUGCGUCGAUUUGUCCAAGCUUUGCACUGUAUCAAGAAGCGGCGGCUAUGGCGGAAAGCGAGAUCAUCAUCCCAAGCAGGGGGUGCUGGAGCUCGUGACGAUGAUGGCGAUGGCGGCGGGGAAGAAGGCGGCCAGGAGGCGGUGAAGACCGAGAAGGAGCCGAACACGAUGGCGAGCGAAAGCAGCAUGUCCGCCGUUCCUGAGGAGGCCGUUGGCAAGCCGGCGGACAAUUUCACAGAGUCGGACAAUUUCGCGACUUUGGCUUUCGCAGGGGACAGCUUGGGACAGAACAUGUUCUUAUCCCUCACUUGUAUGAUUGCCGCGCAGUACGGCCCGCCUGCAAGUUUUUCCACGGCGGACCACCAGUUAUGCAGGGUAUGGGCAGGAGAGCUCCAGGUCAGAGUAUGCCAGUUCUGGGCCCCAUACCUAGUACGUCUUCAAGAGCAGGACAAUGGGCGGGAGAUCCCGGGCCAGACCGAGCGGAGCCUUCCUCUUCCUCUUCCUCUUCCUCCUCCUACCUCGAUCCGUCGUCAUUCUCCUGCUUCUGUUAGUGCUCCUGGUGCUGCUGUGAGGCAAGUACACGGCGAGAGAAAUACAACUGGCAGAGGUAUAAGUAAUAGUACUACUGGUAGGAGGACGCUCUGUACAAGUACAACAUCAGGACGGCCAGGACGACAACGAAAAGGAGUAGGACUAGGAGGGGGAGCGGGAGUAGGAGGAGGAGCAGGAGUAGCAGGAGGAGGAUGUUUUUGGGCAGGCAGAGAUAGGCGUAAUCCUACUACUACAGGUAGUCGGAGAACGCUAAGUCCAAGUCCAGCAGGAGGACGACAACCACAAGGAGGAGGAGGAGGAGGAGAGCAAAGAGGUUUUGACAGUGCUCCGUGGUGGGAACUCCACGUGGACAGAUUAGCGUCCGGUUGGAUUGCCAAACUUGAUUCCGUUGACGUCAUCGUUUUGAACACGGCUCAUUGGUGGAACUACCAGAAGCUGACAGCUCGCAAGAUCAGAUUUGCGCAGGGGGGUAUUCCUCGGCCCGAAAUGUCGAAGGAAACAGCAGCCGGCCUGGCCGUACGUUUGGCGGCGGAGCAUAUAACCCAGCUUAUGCGGAACGGGUCCUUCAGAGGCCAGGCCUAUUUUCGCUCCUUCUCCCCCGUGCACUUCACGAGGGGAGAAUGGAACACGGGAGGCCGAUGUGGUGCCGAUCUCCCGAUUACCGAUGACAAAAUGAUGAAGUUGUUCCUCACGAGGAGGCGGCAAAUAAAACUUCCAGCGGAAGUUGAGGCCUCGUGGAAGCGCGCCAUGAAGUCGUGCCCCGAGUGUGCGCUUGAUUACCUGGAUAUCACCCACAUCUCCUACUUCCGCAUUGACGGCCAUCCGUCCAAUUAUACGGGGACAGGGCGGAGCGACUGCUCGCACUGGUGCCUUCCUGGUGUGCCAGACACUUGGAACGAAAUACUGCUGAUGUUGAUGGAAAUGAAUCUCGCAAAGGAAGGGUCGGUCAGUGACUAAAGGGCCUCGUCGCACCCUACUUACUGUUUUUUCGCGUAUCCCACCUUGUUGCGCAAGUGAAGGGGGCUACCGGUAGUGGAAACUUGAGGAGACGUGGCAAUGUUGGAGCGAAUGAUGGGAGCGCAUUUUGGCCGAAAUAGAAUAAGUAGAAAAAAUGGAAAGGUCCUGUCUCUCUUCCCAAAAAUAUGGCGUAAUCCAUCGGGUAAGACAUCAGUGCUCCAAAGC